UUUGCUAUCGUUGUCACACAUACAGUACAUUUCUUUCUUGUUUAAUUGCAUACCACCUACAUACUCAUAGCAGGCCCCAGAAUUCAACAUGAAUGUUUAAAGAAGCUUUACACAACCUCAAAUCGACUUAGCGAGUCAAAACCAGUCUACAUAUACAUGAUUUCAUAUCUGGCGCCUAAUCACACAAAAGCCGAAGCGCUCACUUUCCCGAGCAAAGCUCCCCCGAGUUUUCCCUAUGGCAGUAUCAAAUCCGUGCGACGUUCCCGGUUCGCACCUGGUGAAUAUCACAACGGCACUGUCUGUGACACCGUGUUUUGUGGCGGCACAGAGCGCCGAUGUUUCUUACUGGGACCACAUACCGGUUUUCUAGCCUGUAACCUUUUAGUAGUAACCCUCUUCCUGCGGCCGACCCAAAAGAUAGGCUAUAAAUUUUCAGUUGAUAUUCUCGACGCCCUGGACAAAGGUGCAAAGUUUCACCUAAGGGAUAUCUCUGGAGGACUUGGAAAUCAGAACCUCGGGCACCCGAAGCGGGCAAUGGUAGGGGGCAGGGCAGGGCAGAGGCACGGUACGAGUUCCAUAGAGAGGAGCUUUAACGCCUGCCUAUUUGACUCGUUCCCUCAGAAUUUCUGCCCAGUGCAGGUACGAAGGCAUGGAACGCGUCGUCUGAAACCGCCAUGGCUCUCCAGCCAUGUGGGCUGCGCGUUUGGCCUGCCAAUUAGUGUUGGCUCUUCGUUUCGGGUCUCCCAUAUUCUUCAUCUCCACCGUCAUCAGCACUUCUUUUGAGUGGAUCAGGUAGGCGAGAAGGUAUCCUACCUUGAGCUCAUCGCGGUUCUUUUCCGGGAACUUUCUCUGCAUUUCAAUUGCU